AGCACAUUGUUCGUCGAUUCAUCACACAAGGGCAUGCUCAUGCCGCGGUCGAGUCAUGUUUUCCUCCAGUUGUCAUCCAUUCAAUGCUCAAUCCUCGCAAUAUGCAGGUCAGCUCUCAGGGAGGAGUACGUUUGACCAUCCUCGGAAUGUACGCCUUCUGGUACGUAGUCGAAGAAAGGUCAUCAAGGUUAAACACUUGCACCAGUAUCGUUCUUAGCUUGGCCAAGGCGUUGUGCUCUUGCGAGGCUUGUCCUCAAUCUCUAUCAGUAUGAUGGCGACGUCGAAAUCGAUCGCUCUACUUGCGAGAGUUCCAGCUAGGCUUCAUAUUUGUUCACUAAACAACGUAACCGCAGCAUCU